CCAAGAGUUGACAUUUCCUGUGUAUAUUCUCAUUUUGGUCUUUGGAAAGAAGUUGCACUCUGCUGCGGAAAUGUUUUAGGAGGUUUGGCAGAGUGAAACUCGGUGGCACAAAGAAACUCAUUGAUGAAUACCAUUCAUACACAUCAUAUUUCAAAGAGUUCAUUGUGUUACUCAGUCACGUCGUUGAAUCACUCCCUACUCAGGGGACCCAAGCAUAUUAAUACUUCAUUAUAAAUAUACAAACCCCUCGCCAUCCUUCUGGCUGUCAUGAUGAGUCACUACCGUGACUAUUAUGACCAAACCGCUCAGCCACUUUGUGAACUGACUGUCAGCUAUCUGUAAACUGGUUUUGGCUCAAAUAGAAUUUUAGUUUUUGAACAUUUUAAAACAAACAUUAGCACAAAAUAUGAAUUCCUUUUGCUAUUUAACUGUAGAAUGUGUUGAAAGCGUUACAUAAUGCAAUCUCAGUGUUCGUCAUUAUUUUCUGAUCCUUCCUUUUACAGGGAAAUUGCUCAAUUGGUUUCUUAAUCUCGUCUGCUGUACUUUUUGCCGGAAGGUGCUGGAUGUAGCCAGUUUAGCUUGCUUUUUUAAUGUGGAAGUAAUGUCUGUUAACAAUAUGACUGUCACACAGUAGAACCGUGUGAUUUACUUUACUGACUUUACACUUCUGCGAGUCACAUUUAUGUAUAAUGCUGAAUGGUCAUAGUUUUAAAAUCACAUGGGGUUGAAAGAAACUUCAGCAGUUUACAGUUUAAAAACAUUUCUUGGUCAAAUCCCUGUGAAUGAAAUCAGAUCUUAGUGGCUUGCAUGGGAAUGUCCACUUCCUUAGUGAAUGACUUCCAGUGCCUAUAAAAAGGGCACAGGAAAUGUUUCCAUAGUGACAUGGAAAUUUAUAAUGAGUUGCCAUUCCGGAAAUACCUUAAUAUUUUGCAUGUGCGUCCCAUAGUCUUGAUAAUAAAAAGUCAGUUGGAAAAGUCAUGAACCAUGAGCAAGGAUCUCCAGUGAGGGUCCAAUGAGAAGGAAAAUGUUCUGACGUCUAUUAACAUCUGCUAGAGAACAUGCUUUGUUUGUAUUUCUACAGGAGAGGUGUCCAAUCCUGCUUCUUAUGGGCCACUAUUCUGCAGAGUUCAGCUCUAACAUAUCUGCCUGGAAGUUUCUAGUGAUCCUGAAAACCUUGAUUAGCUUGUUUAGGUGUGGUUAAUUAGGGAUACAGCAAAAGUCUGAUGUAAGGUGGCCAUCUUGCUCUAUUAUAAAAAAGAUUUGAGACAGAUUGUAUGUUUCAUGGUUUAUCACACCUGGUAAAGGUGUGCUCAAUGCUGUGUUGAAGGGUAGAAAUAGUUUUCAGUGGAAAUGAUUUGUUUCAUUAGCAUUCCCAUAUUUGACAACCCAAUGCAAGAAAAAAUAAAACAAUAAACGAAUGCCUUAAAGGGGUAAUUCAUCCAAAAAUGAAAAUUCUGCCAUAAUUUACUAACUUUCAUGUUGCUCCAAACAGGUUUGACUUUCUUUCAAAUGUGGAACACAAAAGAGGAUAAUCUGAAAAGGGUUUAAACUUUUAUUUAUACAUUGAAAGUCAAUGGGGACCAAAUCAACAUUGGGCCCUACUGAGUUUCACGAACAACAACAAAAAACAUACAUAUUUCAAAAUAUGUUCUUUUGAGUUCCACAGAAGAAUGAAAGUCAAACCGGUUUGGAGUGACAUGACAAUGAGUAAAUUACAAAUUCCCAGUUUGGGUGGACUAUCCCUUUAACUCCUUUAACCAGGAAUUUCCUUCUCAACAUAUCUUUAUACAGAAAUUUUUAACAUCUUUUUUUAAAGAUCCAUGAUAUCUGCUUACAGGAUGAAAAACAAUUUAGUCUAUACUUAAAACAUUUUGAGUUUAUUUGAAAAAGAAUCUGCUGACAAACAGCUGUCCUAAAAGGUUUUAGUCCUUCAUUAGGAAGAAGUCUGUAGUUGGUUUUUCUGGCUAAGCUAAACAAUAUUUGUGUGAGUGUGCUUAUUUGCUCAGAUUGGCUUCGUGUCUGGUUACAGGCCAUCCGUGGGGUCUAAUGAGGACUAUGGUAAUGACACACACAGGGCCUCACCUGAUCCUCCAGCUCGCUGCAGAAGCACCUGCUGUGGUUACCUGAGCCAGGAGGCACAUGGCUGUUAAACUCAGUGGAAUACAGGAAUCCGGUGAUGAAGAAUAUAAAGGUGACCUGUCUGAAACGGAAGAUGAGGUGGACAGUGACUUUGACAUUGAUGAAGGGGAUGAACCUGACAGCGAGCAGGAGGAGGAUGGGCCGCGUCGGAAGAGCAGAGUGGUCACCAAAGCCUACAAGGAGCCAGUUAAAGUGGUGCGGCAAAAACCUAAACAACGGAAACUGGCUGAACUGCCCAGGAGGACAGACAAGACAAAGAUCGACAAAUACAACCCCCCUGAACUACAGGAGGACAUCAGCAAGAACAGGAAGUCUGUACGUCAGUCCACAACCGAACACACACGGCUGACGUACUUGAGGCUGCAGGAGAGGCAGGUUGCUCCACGUCGAAGGAAGGGUACUAGACAUGAGCGACCUUUGACACAGGCUGAACUUUUGGCAGAAGCCAAGGUCACAGCAGAGAUUAACCUUCGAUCACUGGAAAACUAUGAGCGUUUGGAGGCAGACAAGAAACGACAGGUUCAUAUGAAGCGUCAGUGUGUGGGUUCUGUUAUCAGAUUUCACUCCGUGCUAAUGCCUCUGGUGUCGGACGUCACUCUUAAAGAGGAAAACGUGGAUGUAGAGGGUUUGGACCAAGAUGCCCAGCAGAAUCCAGGCCCUCACCUUCCACAAGCUCUUUCCCAGGCAGAAUCAACCCUUACUGCACCACCAACUGUCCUAUCCACUAACACAGCUGCUGUAAACCCUUCUCUGCCAUCGGGGCCUGCCAAAUGCUCCCGCACCUACAUCACAUUCAGUGAUGAUGAAUCUUUCCAGCGUUUCUUUCCCCAGUCCCCAGCUCCUCGAAUUCCUGUCCAGGAGGUCUGCCCUGUUACCCAUAAGCCUGCACUCUACCGAGACCCCAUCACAGACAUUCCAUACGCUAAUGUACAAGCCUUUAGGAUAAUCCGAGAGGCCUAUAAAAAGUAUGUGGCUGCCCACGGCCUGCCCUGCACUGGCACAGCGACUCCAGCCGACACCACUGCAAAGAACCUGCGGCAGAAGAUCAUUAUUAAACAAGGGAUAUAG